AUGAACGUCGACCCUAAUCUCUUAACAGCUUCUACAACCACUCAUACGAAAACCAUUGCUUCCUCCUCUUCUCCUUCCUCUUCCACGUUCUCUCCUUCUUCUUCUUCUGCCACAUCUUUGUUUCCGCCAUUACCAAACGAUGCCAACCCCUUUUCCGCACAACAUGUCAAUAGGGUGGCUGACCACGGAAAUAACGAUCAGGAGCAGGAAGGUAUCUUUCUUUGGAAUAACGUGAGUACAUUUGCUAUUCCUGGUGAUGAAGAAGAGAACGACGAAAUGACAAUAGAUAGCUUCUCACCUUCAGUAUCCAGUUUGCAUUACUCUUUGACACCCAAUAUGAACACCCUUUCUUCUGAUGUCGGCACCACCUCCAUCUUGUCUCAGUCAGCACCAGCCUCAUCGGAAUAUGGUCAGACAGUCAGAACAGAAGAAAGCAAAACGACAGCCGUUUUUAAUAUCUCGUGGGGCGGAAACGAUGUACCUCCACGCCAAUUACAUCCCACUGCCGAAGAAACGAUGACGGAAGAAACAGAGGAAGAAAAUAAGAAUGACCUUUCUCUGUUGAGACUAUCUCGGCCCUUACCAAAACCUAGAGGUAUAAGAAAGUUACCGGAACCGGAACCGUCCGCAGAUGGAACGAUAGAUGAAGAUGUAUUGAAGCGUAGAAAGAAUACAGAGGCAGCUAGGAAAUCGAGAUUGAAGAAACUGUUAAAAGUCGAACAAUUAGAGAAUAAAGUGAAUAGCUUGCAAGCUGAAAACGCGAAAUUAGUCCUGAACAAUGCUAUCCUAGAGUCAGAAAAGAGAAGCAUGAAGGCAAAAGAAGCGGAUUAUCAGAAACGAAUCAAAUACUUGGAGGGUAUUGUGAAAUCCCAUGGGUUAUGGGACGGUUAA